GUCGCACUGAAUACCGUCACAAACAUUGAAGAAGCUAUCGAGUGGUUAAGUUAUACGUACCUUUUUGUUCGGAUGCGCAAAAAUCCACUUCAUUAUGGUUUAAACUACGAAGAUGUUGAAAGUGAUCCAAUGUUGUUAAUUAAACGUGGUGAGCUAAUUGAAUGUGCAGCCAAACAGCUAGACAAAGCUCGUAUGAUUCGUUACAGUCCCCGGACUAGAGACCUAUGCUCCCUAG